UGCCCUAUCUGUGGAAUAAGCUUCAAUCAAAAACAGUAUUUAAAAGACCAUGUCUCAGGAAAACAUUUUGAGCCCAAAAAUAAAUGUGAAUGUGGACAAAGUUUUAAUUGGAGAACUCAACUUUUAAGACAUAAACUUAAGUUACAUGGAGAGGUCAGAUUUAUGUGUAAAUUGUGUAGUAGUGGGCUGUCAACGUUAUCAAAAUUUAGACGCCAUUAUAAUGAACGUCAUCUUCAUUUACGUUGCAAGUGUAUGAUAUGUGGUGCUUUGUUUACUCAAAGAUCUACUAUCUGUGAAAUUACCGUCGACGAAACUGGAAUUGAUAAAUAUAUUUGUAAUCAAUGUCGAAAAAUAUUUUCUGAUAAAAGUAGUGUCAAGCGCCAUUUUAAUGAAAAACAUUUACAGAGAUCUUAUACGUGUCCGAUUUGUGGAAAAAAAUUUACUCAAAGAACUUCACUGAAAAGACAUAUCAUAAAAAUCCAUAAUGAAGGCCAAAAAUCUGGUUCAAAAAGAAUAGUUUGUGAAAUGUGUGGUGCAUCAUUCUCGAGAAAUUGGAGUCUUAAACGUCACCUUAAAGAAAAACAUUUACAAAUUAAACAUCCAUGCUUUCUUUGUCCUGCCCUAUUCUCUCGACAAAUUUAUUUAGAAGAUCAUAAUAAAACGAGAUUUCGAUGUCCAUUGUGUGAGAAAAGUUUUAGUUUUAAAACCAACGUACAAAGACAUAUAAAGGAGAGACAUUUUCCUACCAAGUUUAAAUGUAGAUAUUGUGCAAAGAAAUUUUCCCGUCCUGGCAAUUUGAAUGAUCACAUGAUACAGUGCCAUAGAACUUUUAUAGGGUCGUCUCAACCUGGUGGAACAGAUAACGGUGGUAGUUUAGAAGAGGAGGAAGAGUUGUCUCCCAUCUUAAACAGAACGGCACAGAUUUUUAACUACUUAAAUAACGCAUCCUAG